AUGAGACCACUUGAGCGCCAGCUGGAGGAUCAUUUUAGCACCCUUAAAGAUAUUCAUGAUAAACUCACGAGUCUUGAAACUGAAGACAUUCCACAGAGAAUGCUUCAAGAUCUCGGGAUCGAAUUCAAGCCCCUAGAUAUCGACACAGGUGCCACACAUCCUUCAGUCAUGCCUUAUUUCCUUCCUCGGAAAGACUUUCCCAGUUGUCGUGAUAUGAAGAGGGAGAUAGACUCGGUCUGGAUAAAUGGGCGCCACAUCGAUGAAGGAACGGACAGCCAGGGUAUCAACAGAAAGGGAUCUCAAGUUGAAUACUUUCAGGAAGAAUAUUCCGAAGAUGAUACUUCAAAAGAUGACAAUUCCGAACAUGAAGAUUCAAAAGAAUAUUACAUACGGGAGAAUUCUCUCGCCGAUACAUCGCAAGUUGAUGCCCUCCCAAUCAAUCUUCGGAUACGCUCAAGUCACGAGCUCGCAUACGUGAUAUUCCGGCGCGCCUUCAUGAAGUUCCCUUCCGUCACCGAGUUGAUCGUGUUACUGAAACUCAUUUUACAUGGAUUGGUACGCCAGAUGAAGGAGCUCAAACAACUACAAUCGAAAGGUCUAGAGCAUUUUCGCCAUGUUUUACCGAGAUUGAUUAUAGCACUAGAUAAACAUUGUCAUGCUCGCGUGCUUUACGCGUACUUUGAUGAUGAAAAGCUCAAACUUCAAUUCACAUCGGCGCUGAACUUCGAACAGUUUGACUCCAAUCGGUUUGAAAGAACAAGACAUUUGACGCCAGGAAUCAAAUAUACUGAAUCUAUGAACUGGUCAAAGUAUCAAGACAUGGUGGACACUUUACUGAAGUGGACGUGGCCUGUUAUUCAAAAAGACAGUAACGAAGAAUGA